AUGUCGAUCAUCAAAGAUAAAUUUGCUAAUCGUGUGUCAUGGAUUGUAUUUAUUUUCCUUGCUAUUCAAACAACUCAAAUUCUUUCGGGUUUCACUGAUGUUCCACCUCCACCUCCACGACCAGAACGUUUUCAUUCUCGUGAAGAACUUAAACGUUAUUUACAACUUGUACACGAAUAUUAUGCUAUCAUUGGUCGACCACGUUUUGGUCGUUCUACCGUACAACCACGGAUGGAUCCAAGUGAUGUUAGUCUCUUUAAUUUCUUUGAUAUAAAUGGUGACAAAUCAAUAUCAUACGAGGAAUUGCAUGACCGACUUGGAGUAUAA